UAUUUCGAAAAAGAAAAAAAAUUAACUUAUAAUGAAAAAGUUUUUUGUUUUUGUUGAAAAUUAUUUAAAGUAUCAACAACAUUUGUCUCGGAAUUUAGAAAGGCAUGAAACAAGUAAAGGCAUUUUGAGAGUGUUAGAAAAUGGGUUGGGUUUGAUUUGAAAACGAUGUAAACUUCUUAAAACUAAUUGUUACUAUGGAUGAGACUUGGGUACAUUUCUACGAUCCAGAAACAAAGUGUACUGAAUCUAUAUCUGAUUAUAUAUAUUUUUAAUUAAUUACAUAAUUGAUAAGUAAUUUAAAAAUUUUAUAAAAUAAUUUAGAUAUUAUUAUUAAACGAACUAACGUGUCUCGAAAAGGUCAUAACAAGAUUUAUAUUUUAAAUUAUUAAAAUUACCCGAAGGAAUUUAAAAACAGUACGUGUUUAGAAACAAAUACAGAUCGUGUUCACUUUCAUUAGAGGUAAACAAUACCAGCCUUGUCGAGUACACAAUAGGCAUAAAAACACAUAUAUAUUGCUGACACUUCAUACGAAAGAGAGAAUAUUAAUGGAAACAUGAUUUUUCGACAUGGUAGUUCGUCGACUUAGUAUAUUAGGGCGGUUUUAUUAUAGAAAAGUGUAUUUAGUGUCAAAAGGCUUAGCUGUAAGUACUAUGUUAACUUAAUAAACACUCAGUGAUUUUUGUAUGUUUUUAUUAUUACUGUUCCUGACCAAAUACCCCAACAACACAUGGCGAUCCUGCGAAACACAAGGCUACUAAUGAUCUUGAACAACAUACAUUGGUUAAGUAAACUAACUGAUUCAGAAAAAACAUUCUCAAUUAAGAAACAAAAUGGGAGGCAAAUCAUCAAAACAAGAAGUCCAAGACAACGGAGCCGUAAAUAACAAUUUCAUAGUCUAGGAGGAACAAUCAAUGAAUCAAAUGACAGAGCUAAUGUACAUAAUAGUGAUCGUUCUAAUCCUGAAACUGGUAUGGUCCGUCUGGAAAACACACAGAAGAUACCUGAGGUCUAAAGGCACCAGUCGCAACCCUAAGUGUAUAAAAACUGUUGUAAAAUGCGAUGAUCAGCAGUGCUGCAGUCCACGUCGGAGUUCUUUACAUGUACUUCUACAUGAUCUUUUUUUAUUACCUCCAUAUCCCAUUCAAGUUAAUGGACAUCCAGUGAUUCCGGAUCCUGAACAGCAUGAUGGAAAAACAUUUGCACCAUUCUUAAUUCGCCACUGCCUGCCUAUUCAACCAUUACACACCUUCACAAGCAUUCCUUAUGACAUCUAUUGCCCAAGUUUACGUCACGAUGUAGAAAAGAGAUGCUGCAAUACAUGUGGUAUCUAUUUCGCAUCUAUCACAAAAGUUGUAGAACGUCGACGUGCACGAGCUGUGCAAACACUUAAAUUGCGACCAUCGCGUAUUGUUACAAGAUGAGCGACUGAGCUUCUGUCUGCAAGCGACAACGGUUUGGAGUGGCUCAAUCACAAGUCUCCAUGGACUGAAUUAGAAUAUUCUCUUAUUAAUUUACGUUGAAGUAUUUAUUAUUUAAUUUCAUCACAGUGAUUUUAAACUAAGGCAAUAUUCUCAAAUCACAAUUGUAUACUAGUCUUUAAUAAAAGUUAUAGAGCAAA